UAAAACGCGCAUGUUGGAUUCAGCUUCUUGCAUCAAAUCUGCAUUUUUUUAUGUUAUUAUUUGUUAUUUUUUUAACUGAUUGAAAAUUGAAGAUGAAACCGAAGCGAAGCGGAGAGGAACCCCUGCAGCUGCUGCUCUGAGCUCAUUUCAGACGAGUCGAGGAGGAGUUCAGGCGCCGAAAUGAAGGAGAAAUCCAAAACGGCCGCAAGGACUAGACGGGAAAAGGAGAACAGUGAAUUUUAUGAGCUGGCCAAAAUGUUGCCUUUACCGUCGGCCAUCACCUCUCAGCUGGACAAAGCCUCCAUCAUCAGGCUGACGACGAGUUAUUUAAAGAUGAGGAUUGUGUUUCCGCAGGGUCUCGGUGAGGCCUGGGGUCACACCAGUCGAUCAAGAUCUUUGGAUAAUGUCGGGCGCGAGCUUGGCUCUCAUUUACUGCAGACAUUAGACGGGUUCAUCUUCGUCGUGGCUCCAGAUGGGAAGAUCAUGUACAUUUCAGAGACAGCGUCGGUCCAUUUAGGACUGUCUCAGGUAGAGCUGACGGGGAACAGCAUCUAUGAAUAUGUUCAUCCGGCGGAUCACGAUGAGAUGACCGCGGUGCUGACGCCGCAUCAGCCGUAUCACUCACAUUUUGUGCAAGAAUAUGAAGUGGAGCGUUCUUUCUUUUUGCGGAUGAAGUGUGUGCUGGCUAAACGAAAUGCAGGACUUACCAGUGGAGGAUAUAAGGUAAUUCACUGCAGUGGCUACCUGAAGAUACGUCAGUACAGUCUGGACAUGUCACCGUUUGAGGGCUGCUACCAGAACGUGGGCCUGGUGGCCGUGGGUCACUCUCUGCCUCCCAGUGCCGUGACGGAGAUCAAACUGCACAGCAACAUGUUCAUGUUCAGGGCCAGUCUGGACAUGAAGCUCAUCUUCCUGGACUCGAGGGUAGCCGAGCUAACAGGCUACGAGCCACAGGAUCUUAUAGAGAAGACAUUGUACCAUCAUGUCCACAGCUGUGAUAUCUUCCACCUCCGCUGUGCUCAUCACCUCUUGCUGGUAAAAGGCCAAGUCACCACCAAGUAUUACCGUUUCCUAGCCAAGCACGGUGGCUGGGUCUGGGUGCAGAGUUACGCCACCAUUGUCCACAACAGUCGAUCUUCAAGACCUCACUGUAUUGUCAGCGUCAACUACGUCCUCACGGACACUGAGUAUAAGGGGAUGCAACUAUCUUUGGACCAAAUGAGCCCCACCAAACCAGCCUUUCCGUACGCUGACAGUCACAAUGAAGACAGGAAGAGCACCAAGACCCGUCUGACCCAGUCAAAAGCUAAAGCGAGAGUGUCACCUUAUCCACAGCAAUUUUCAGCUUUGAAUCCAGAGCGUUCUGAAUCUGACCAGGACAGCCAGUGGGGAGGGAGCCCCCUGACCGAUUCCGCUUCUCCUCAGUUGUUGGAUCCCAGUGAGACUGCAGAAGCAUCUUGCGCCUACAGACUUUAUCCAGACUCGAGUUCCCUGUGCGAUGGUCUGGGCUUAUCUGAAGACGAUCUCUCCCGUGCCCAAGCUCGUCCCCUCUCCACCACCUGUGAUCGUGUCCGAUGCCAAAGUGGCCGCUACUUUCUGGGAACGCCUCAGUCGGGCAGAGAGAUGUGGUGGGACACCACACGCUCUGUGCUCUCACUUCCAAAAUUCUCAGCCGUGAACAGCGAGGGCUAUGAAAUCACAUCCUACAACGGCGCCAUUCACGGACGGGGCCACUGGGAUGAAGACAGCAUAGUGAGCUCACCUGAUGGAGGUGGAUCCACCAGCGAUUCUGGCGAGCGUUACCACGGUGACCAAUUCCAAGCAAGCCCCCGAGAGCCAAGCAAGAUGGAGACCCUGAUUCGAGCCACUCAGCAAAUGAUCAAAGAGGAAGAGAGCCGUUUGCAGCAGCAAAAGGUUCUCCUGGACGUCUCAGGACUCACCAAAACUCACAGUCCAUGUUUCCCUUCCUCCCUACCCCAUCACUCUCAACUCCCUAUGCCUAGUGUUGUGUGCCGUGGUCCCGGAGCCCCCAGCAUGGACCUUUCAUAUGAGCGCCUCCACCACAGGGACAGCAUCAAAUUGCUCGGGCCUCAUGACAAUGAUGAAAACACAACCAGUCCUGCUUCUUUGUCUCGACUCAGCAGCCCUGGCUCUGAUGGAAUCCCCAGAUCAGGCCUUCCUCUCACCAAAGACUACAUGCCAACAGAUCUGUCCCCCCACCCUUCUCAAUCCCAGGUGAGUCCGCUCCUCUAUCCAGUUCAGGAGAGGCAGCCACUGGACAGGCAAGCAGCUUAUGCCUUGGCCGGGUAUUCCCUGGAGCACCUCUACGACCCAGAGAACUUGCGAAGUUACUCCAGCUUGGCGUGUGGAGGAGUCCAGUACGAUGUGGCAUCUCAUGUUAGAAUGCAGGCUGAGCAGAUACAGGGACACAAGGCAACCUCAGUUAUCAUAACCAACGGCAGCUGACGAUAUCUGGUUCAGAUAGGUCAUGUUGUCUAAACCAGGACAUUGGAUUUGGUGACGUAUGCGUAAGCAUCACUGAGCAGGUGUUCGACACAAAAACUGACAAGAGGAUUCAAGGCACCUAUGUUGGACUCAUGUCCCCUUGGAGGUCCAUUCAUCUCUACUUGUAAAGACCAGGCCUCCUGUCUUAAUCCACAUAAAUUGUUAUUCCAAUGCUAAAAGGAACUGUGUUUUGGAAUUAUAAUUUGAUAC